GAAACAGCCUUGCUGCUGUCUGAUUAUAUUGAUAGCAGCUGUGGGUAUAUCUGUCCAGUGCAGAAAAGUCAGUCUCACAGUCUAUCCCGCUUCGCUGCUGCCGCACUUUUAUCUCUCAGUUUCUGGGAACCAUCAUGCUGCAUCAGACAGCCUUGCUGGCCACCGUGACCAUUUUGGGAGUCUUGGAACAAGCAUAUUUUGCCAUGCAAGUGAUCUAUGCUAGGCGGAAGUGCAAAGUUUCUCCCCCUAUAACUUCAGGUCCACCAGAAUUUGAAAGGAUCUUCAGAGCUCAAGCAAAUUGCUCCGAGUACUUUCCAAUAUUUAUCUCCCUCUUGUGGGUGGCUGGAGUCUUUUCCCAUCAAGUUUUGGCAGCGUUCAGUGGAUUAGUCUACCUGUAUGCUCGCUAUCGGUAUUUUAGAGGCUACACACGUUGUGCUAAAGAAAGACUGGGCCCCAUGUACUUUAGUGCUGGAGUUCUCUGCUUUCUUAUUGGUUUGUCUGUGUUCGGGCUCAGUGUCCAUUUUGCCCAUCACUGGACACACGGGCAUGAGCUUCUGCAUUAGCCACCGAUGGACCCCUGCUGCUAAAACACCAUGGCUAUUGCAUCCCAGGUUUCAAUGUCCGAGUUGUUUUAAGUGAACUGAAGAAAUCCUGUGUUGAGCAUCUUGUCUGAUGGAUGUUAAUUUUGCCAUGGCUUCCACUUGAAAAGCCACUGGCUCAGUGCCUAGUGACAGUGCAAAGGCUGACAGCCAGCGUGUGACCCUUCAGUUCUCUCUCCGUGGCCUGUGCUGCGUAGGGCAGGCAGAAGUUGGCUAAAACACCUGGAAGGCCACAAGCUGUCCAGCCACUGUAUUAGAGUAACAGACUAUUGUUAUGAGACAGAAGGUCACUAUGCAACUUCCUGUUUUGCAUGGAACUAACAUGCCCUCUAGUGCUGGGGAAGAGGGGCACCUUGGAUGGGAAGACUUCUGGGGUCCACCUGCUUCUGGCCAGCAUCACUACCCCAUUUGCUUUGCUUCUCCACAUCAUGGCCCAGGGCAGGCGAAGGAAUGGAGUGUCCCCAUUCCUUGCUCUUGCCCCAUUUUCCUGGAGGAAGAGGUCGCUAUAGGGAAGAGCAGCAGACAGCCGUGGGUCUUGGUAGCUGUCCAGUGACCACUCCUCGAUGUUUCUUUGGAUCAUUCCUACCUUUGAAAACCGAAGCUGGACCUCCAAAGGGUGCCUACCUCAACCUAGAGUUGUACAUUUGUAUUUAAUCUCUAGUUUAUCUUCUCUAAUCCAUUCGCCCGCUCUCUAUCCUGCUGCAUACACAAAAUCCUUUAGAGAUAUAUUUCAAUUUCUUUUCCUUUGCUUCAGCUUUUAAAAUACUUGAAACCGCUGUGCAACAUUGGCCCAUCUAGCUUUGCAUUCUUCACUGUGAUUACCAGCAACUCUGGUCUGGAGCUGGUCUUUCACCAUAAUAAAGUUUUUAUCUCUCUAUCUUACUAGCAACUCUUCAGGUCAGAGGGGUAGGGGACACUUUUUCAGCCUGGCCACCUGAGGCUCCUUUAAGUAGCAAAACAAGGAAUUAAACCACAUUGGACUAUUGUAAUGCACUUUAUGUGGGGCUGCCCUUGAAGACAGUCCGGAGACUUUAGUUGGUCCAAAAGGGAGCAGCCAGCUUUUGUUGGGGACCAGUAGAUGUGCUCAUGUAGCACCAGUCCUGCCCUGUUACCAAUUGAGGCUGGGCCCAAUUUAAGGUGGCAGUGAUGAUGUACAAAGCCCUAGAGCCUGGGUAGCUGAAGGAGUGUCUCCUUCCAUACACCCCUGCCCGCCCCCUAAGAUCCUUGCCUGAUGUCCUUUGGAAGCCCCCUUGGAAGGAGAUUGGAAGAGUGGCUACCCUGAGAAGCGGCUUUUCUACUGUGGUGCCCCGGUUCUUGAACCUACUCCCCAGAGGGGUGUACUUUGUGUUGACACCUUAUUUAUUUCAGUAGCAAGCCAAAACCAUUUUAUUCUUUCUGUAUUUUCAGGAUUAACUGUAGGUUUUAAUAUUGGUUUUAUUAGACAUUUAUAUUUUAUUUUUGUGUGUUGCCACUGUACUGUAUUGUAUCAUUAUUCUGAAACUUUUGUAUAGGAUGGGAUGGAAAUGUCCCAAAUAAAUUAAAGAAGGCUUUCGGCUUCUUGCA